AUGGCACCCAACGCUCCCAGUCCAAUGGAAAUUGAAUCCAUGAAUGAUGCUGCUAUCGAACAAGUCCGUCAACAGGUCAGUGACAUAAUUGACCCGCGUUACGACACCAAAUGGAAUAUGAUUCGUUGGCUGCAAUCCGUCGACUACAAUAUUCCAAAAACCGUCCAUCUACUCAAGAAACAUCUGAAAUGGAGAAAAGAUCGGAGACUCGAUGAACCGGAGAGUCAAUCUUUGCUUCAGUUCAGUGAUGCACGCAGAAAACACGCACCGAUUGAUAUUAUUGGACCGCAGAGAGUUGAGGGAGGCGAUCGACUUGUUGUUGUGGAUCGAGCGGGACGGAUUGAUGUGGCUGGAUUGAUGAAAGCGGUGCAGCCAACCGAAUACCUUCAUGAGAUGUUUCGGACUUUUGAGGAGAUUCAGAGAAGACUAAUGAAGAUGGAAGCAGAAACCGGCGUUCAAUGCUACAUGCACUACAUCUUCGAUCUGGAAGGUCUUCACUUUGACCCAACUUUGUUGGGAGUUGUGAACGGCCCCUUCCGUGUCUCUUGGCAAUUGGUCGGUCAGCAUUAUAGGGAAUUCAUCGACAAAUUCAUUGUUAUCAACUCACCAAGUUACAUCAAUGUGUUGUGGUCCGCCUUGUCGCCCUUCAUUCCAGAACAAUCGAAACAGCGUAUCGUAUUUGCCGGGUCGAAUUGGAAAGAGGAACUUUUGGAUAUUGUUGAUAAAGAGUGUCUGCCAGAGAGAUAUGGAGGCACUAUUCCAGAUGAUAAAUGUCUACAAGCAGUUGGUCCAAUUCCAAAGGCAAUGUAUUGGAAGUUGCCAGCGAGUUAUCCAACAAUGGAGCAGUUGCACAAGAUUUCGGUUUCAGCUUCGAAACACCGAAUGCUUGUCUACAAAGUUGAUAAACCGGACACCGAACUACUCAUGUACUCACACAACGAGAAUGACAUCACUAUCACAUUAUACUACUCGAAAGACCGAAACUCAUCUGAAAAUGAUCUGGAACUCGCCGUGGCACCCAUUCCAAAAUGUGGGCUUCCUGCGAUGGACUUGUUCGAUUACAACUGUGAAUUUCCUGGUUAUUACUUUGUGAAGUUAGCGAAUGAGUCGUCGUGGUUGUUGCCGUCGGCUUAUCGAAUGAUUGUGAUUGAGAAGGAGAGUGGGAAGGAGUUGGAACCAAUGAAUUUGAAUGAGAAAUGGAUUAAGAAGGGGCAAAAGUCAAAGAAGAAGUAA